UUUCCGGUGCAUAACGAGAACUACAAUACCCACAAUGCCUCGCGGUCCCGUGACUGUGUUGUCGCGAGAACUGACGGCUUGGGGGCGUCUGCGCCAAGAAACCGAAGUGUAGGUGACGGUUCCGAGACAUCGCCGCCAAGCUGGGCACCGGAGAGAUGGCCGAGACGGACCCCAAGACCAUGCAGGACAUCACCUUGGUGGUGGAGACGCUCUUGCAGCAGAUGCAAGACAAGUUUCAGAUCAUGUCCGACCAGAUCAUUGGAAGGAUCGAUGACAUGAGCAGUCGCAUUGACGAUCUGGAGAAAAAUAUCGCCGACCUCAUGACCCAGGCUGGAGUGGAAGAACUGGAAGGAGAAAACAAGAUUCCUACGGCGCAGAAAAGUUGA